CCCCAUGAUUUGGCGCUCGCUUUGAAAUAUGUCACUUCAAAUGUCGUGCUUUUGGUGAGUCCAGCGCAGGAGGAAGGAAGACGUAAAUUGUGGCUGAUAUAUGUAUGUUUCAGGACAUUUAAAAGACUGUCAAAAUGGCAGAUGACUCUACAAUUACACCUCGCACACUGAUCAAAGAUCUUCUGGAGGCCAAGGUUACCCAGAAUGCAGUCUCAGCCCAACGCCGACGAUCAUUGCGACAGUCUUCGUCAACACAAAACACUAAGCCUGUGUUGGAAAACCCUGUACCACAACCUUCGACCUCUAGAAAGAACAAGCGACGGAGUUCAUUCUCUGAUGUGACCCCCAGAAGUGCGAUUCAGAAAUUUCUGGAAACUCACGAGACUGCAAAACCGGAAACUCGCAAACGCAGACGAAUAGAAGAAACAGAGGUACGAGAAAGUGUGGGGGGUUAUGCCAGUCUGACCUCUCAGCGGCGCAGAUCAGCCAGGUUGCAGACGCCGGUGAUAGAGACACCUGGGAAAAACCUCACCCCCAGAACAGUUAUAGCAGGUUUUCUGAGGCAGGCUGUGUCUGAGACUCCUAUUCAGAGUCAGAGGGAGAGUGAUGGCCUCACCCUGCCUCCUAUUCCCCCAGAGCCACUGCUAAUUGUAGAGGACAGCCCAUUAAAUGUAACAGCCCACCAGAGACCCAGACGUUCCCCCAGGACAAUGACUUCUUAUGUGUCCCAGCACAGUGUCCAGUUUGACUUCACCCUGGGGAGCAUUGUAGAGUUAGAGGAUGAGAAAGAGGUGAUCCCUGAAUCACAGCCCCAGGCAUCCCCUGAGAGAGAGCAGACCCAGGGUGGGGCAUGGAGGAGUGGGUCUGUGCGAGACACAGAGUCUUCGACACCCAGAAGUGGGCCACACAUAACAGCCACAUCAAGGUCAGGCAGCAGCGGCAGCAGUGGCACACAUCGGCGGAAGUCACUGCGCAGUAGUAGGCACAGGAGCGCAGACAGAACGUCUGUGGACAGCGUCAGUGCUGGCAUGGUGCAUCAUGAUGAUAGCGCAUCAGCUUCAGACGGUCAGUGGGAGCCAACUGCAGUCAGUGACUUGAACAGCCACAACCGGCUGAACAUCGCCUCCAGCAUGGGCAGCCCUGGAAAACCGCGGCACAGUGGUCGGCCGGGUUCACCUGACCUCUCAUAUCCAGAACGGUCUGCACCAGAGGAGGAGACAGGACGGAGAGACCACAGACGAAAGUCCGCUUUCAGUGAGGGAGCAGAGCUGUCUCUCAGUCAUGACGACAAUGAUGUCCAAGGUGUGCAGAGCGCUGCAGGGAUCCUUCAGAGCAAGGAGGGUGAGGACAGUGUGUCUCAGCCUGAUGGUGGAAGUGAGGCCCCUGAGGUCCACACAUCGGCUCAGGCAAGUCACAGAGACAGGCAAAGUCACAGCCGGUGUUUGACAGACGAUGUAGACAAGGAUAUGAAAUCUGUGAAAGAAAGGGUAAACAAUUCUGCAGGUCCUGAAGAGGUGAGCAGUGAAGAAAACAUUGAUCUUCACAUAAGUGAUAACAGCAGUGAUAAGGACAGGGAUAAUGUGGAAGGAGAUGAUGAGAUUGAAGAUGUUGAAAACCAAGUUGAUGAUGUUGAGAGGGCUAUAGAUGAAGGCAAAGAACAAGUUGCUGAUGGUGAUAAUGACAUUGAAGGUGGUGAAGAGGAUGUUAAUGAUGGUGGUAAUGAGACUGUUAGCGUUGCCCCAGAACAUGUUAAGCAGACUGAGAAUCGUGAGACUGUGAGUGAAGACAGUGGCACUGACAGACACGUGAUAUAUGGCCACAGUGUGAACACAUCAAUGCAGGCCAGGCCACUAGCCAAGGACAUCACUGCAGUGAUCAGUCAGGAAGGGGUUGUACAGGAUGUACAGCAUGACCUGUCAGUGUUAAGGGAUUCCCAGUCAAGACUGGGGGAUUCCCCAGCGGGACCUGGUGAUUCCCUCUCCACAGAAGACAUGAACAGCAGACUUGGGGACUCUGUUGCAAUGGCCAACCUUUCUGUCGCCUCUGGGGAAAAUUCUGGAGAAGAAGCUACCCCGUCUCACAGGGUCCAGAAAUAUGUUCAAGUGAAAACCCCAAAUACUGUGAGGAAUACGACCGUGGGGAAAAUGCUGACGCCAAUGUCAGUCUCGAGACUGGCCGGAAACAUGAACUCUGCGCCCAAACCUGUGACCACAGGCAAACAGAAAAUAACAAAACCCAAACCAAGACCUGAGAAGAAAACAAAAAUGAUCGGCAAACUGCGAAUGCCAGCAAGUCUGACUAAGGGAAUUUUCUCCCAUUUUUUGAAGUCCAACAUUUCCAAGGAUGUCCUAAAUGAAGUUGAAAAGAUUGCUGACAAGUAUUGGACCAAUGUGACCAGUGACCUUGGAGCAUUCGCUGAUCAUGCGGGCAGAGUGACGGUCACAGAGGAGGACGUAGAACUUCUGAUGAAGAGACAAGGCUUUGCCACAGGCAGGAGGUCUAUGUACACGUUGGUGGAGCAGUAUUUACCUCUGGAGUACAAGCAGGAGAUUGUUCCCAUGGCCAGAGCUGGUAACGUUCUCUACCCACGCCACUGAUUGAUAUCACAGCAAAGAUGUACAUGUGCAACACACAGACAGUCAGAUGGACACCAGAUGGACACCAGACAAACAAUAUCUAGAUGGACAGUGGACAGGCAAUAUCCAGAUGGACAGUGGACAGGCAAUAUCCAUAUGGACAGCAGAAAAUAAUCUUCAAAUGGAGACCAGACAGAUAAUCACCAGAUUGACACCAGACAAACAAUCUCCAGAUGAACACCAGGCAAACAAUCUCCAGAUGGACACCAGACAAACAAAAUUCAGGUGAACAGCAGGCAGACAAUAUGCAGAUGGACAGAAGAGAAUGAUCUCCAUAUGGACACCAGACAAACAAUAUCCAGGUGGACUUUGGACAAACAAUAUCCAGAUGGACACCAGACAAACAAUUUCCAGAUGGACACCAGAUAAACACUAUCCAGGUGGACACCAGACAAACAGUAUCCAGAUGGACACGAAACAAACAGUAUCCAGAUGAACAUCAGAUAAGCAAAAUCCAGAUGAACAGCAGACAAACAAUAUCCGGAUGGAUAGCAGAGGAUAAUCUCCAGAUGGAAACCAGACAAAUAAUCUCCCGAUGGACACCAGGCAAACAAUCUCCAGAUGGACACCAGACAAACAAUUUCCAGAUGGGCACCAGACACCCAAUCACCAGAUGGACACAAUACAAAUAAUCUCCAGAUGGACACAUAUGGACAGUCUCCAGAUGAACACCAGACAGAUAAUCUCCAGAUGGACACCAGACAAACAGAAUUCAAAUGUCCCAUUACAUCAUUAAGCUUGGCAUUUUGCCACAUAUAUAUUUUGUUUAACAUUGCUGAAUAUUUUGAUAUCGUUUGUACCAAAAUGUUUAGAUUGAAUGCUGUUAUUAGCUGUGAAUGGUUGAAAGAAACAGAACCUCAAGUAGGUGGGCUUCAAUAAAAAAAGAGAGAUCUUCAAGUUUUUGAAAAACACAUUCUUAAUGCUUCUUGUAUGGACAUGAGAAUUUUGUCCAGUCAAACACGUUGCUAUCAGGUUGAGCGACCUAAGCUGUUUCUUGGAGUUGAAGGGCCAUUUCACCAAAUGUGGUGGGGCAGGUCUGUAUCACUGACGGACCAUUACAGACGUAAAAUCAGUUGAUUUACAAGCUGUAUAAUACUCAACGAUGGUAUCACAAAUUAUGUCAGACAGUAGCUUACCGUCUCGGCCCAAACCGCAUUCAUCUCCCGAAAUACAUUUUUAUCGUUCAUUUUAGGGUUUAAAAUCCUAUGAUAAAUUUUUUUUCAGAAAUUAUUAGAAUUGUAGAACUUUAAUUUUGCUCCUUCGUCCUUCUCGCAUACAAGUCAUGUUUCUUUUCUGCUUAGUUUUAUGAAACACAGUAAAAUGAUGGAAACGCUGUGUUCAACCGAGGUGCAACUGACGCCCGCGACUGGGUCAGCACUGCUCUAAUCUUAAAAGCCACCGCUGCAGAAUUGAAAUAUAAAAUCCAGUGACCGUCGAGUGUGUAGAUUACCCUCAGUGAUACUUAGAUUUAUUUCCAUUUGUUUCAGAAUUGAGUGAGUGCAAUAUAAGAUCCAGUAACCGUGGAAUGCGUAGAUCACUCUCAGUGAUACUUAGAUUUAUUUCCAUUUGUUUCAGAAUUGAGUGAGUGCAAUAUAAGAUCCAGUAACCGUGGAAUGCGUAGAUCUCUCUCAGUGAUACUUAGAUUUAUUUCCAUUUGUUUCAGAAUUGAGGAUGAAUCUAGUUGUACAACGAUCCUAUUGUAAUUUUGUAAACAUUUACUUGGGGUUGAAAUCACCAGCACAACCCCUCUGGAGCCUACGACAUGAACCAGGAUUAGCCCGGCCGUGCAUGUGCAGCUAGGCUAUUGAAAUAGGGUCACUGGAGUACCUUGUAGUAGGUCUGCUCUAUCAACAGUUCAAGCAGUGGAAGAAAUAUUCUUCGAGUAGGUCCCAUUGCCGAGAAAAGUAUAUUUAUCACUUGAGCCUUCAUCGCUGAUGUUCAAAACUUUUAUCUGCUAUCACUAAAUUUUACUGGGCUGGAAAAAUCUUUAAAAUAUUUUAAUGCCAGUUUAAGAUGCUUAGAAUGGUAGUCUUUCAGUGGACAUAAACAUUAGUCAGGCGCUGUCUUUCACUUUAAACUUCCAGAACUAUUUCAAGAGGGCUAAUUCAGUUAAAAGCAUAGAGUUUUGGGCAUGGUUUAAUCUUUUUUUAAGAGAAUUUACGUCUCAUUAUGCGUUCUUACAUUCUAUUUAAAAUGGCUACACUAACCUUUUCUAUUCCUGUAUUACAUGCUAUAUGUACCUAAACAAGAUAAGUAAGAUUAAAUGCAUGUGAAGUUUAAUAACAGUCUUUUGAAUCAUUGCACUGCGCGAGACAUUCUGCCAAGCAACGUGUGG